AUGCCGUCCGACCAAAGCACUUGGUUGAUUGCUGUCCCACAGGAUGGUGAUUCCGAGGGACUCCUGCCAGAAAUCACCAACAAGCUUCCUCAAUAUUCGAGAUCAACAAGCGUAGCAGAGCUUGGGAUUCCAUCAUUCAAGACAGGUACAUUGGACUCCUUGAUUGCCCUAUCAGAGGAGCUGCCAAAACAGGACGCGUUCUUCACAGCGACGGUCGCAAAGAUUGUAGACACACUCCGCAACUUAUUGAACAAUGAUCCGACCAAGCUCGCCCAGCAUGUCCUUGUGAAUGAGCGUAGCGCUGAUGACUACGUACUUAGGGGGUGGAAAUGGAAUGACAGUCGAUAUGGGGUGCAACGAAGUCUACGGGAAAUGGUUGAUGUGCUGAACAAGGAAAUGGCGUCCAUAGACAAUGUAAUGAAGGCCAAACUAAACAACUACAAUAUCGUAAAGGGCUCCCUCGUUCAGAUGCAGCGUAAGAAAACUGGAAACCUUUCUGUUAGGUCUCUCGUCGGCAUAGUAUCAAAAGAGCACGUCAUCCAGGACUCAGAGUAUCUGGAGACAUGUCUAGUUGCCGUACCGAAACUCAUCACCAAGGAAUGGACCUCAAAGUACGAGCGACUCACUAACAUGGUCGUUCCCCGUUCGUCAUUAACUAUAGCGUCAGACAGCGAAUACACUCUCUUUGGUGUAGUCAUCUUCAAACGUGUACACGACCAGUUCGUACAGAAAUGUCGUGAAAACAAGUUCAUAGUCCGCGACUUCGCCUACUCAGAAGAACAAAUAGCCAAGCAAGAAGAAGAGCUCGAGAUAGCAGACACGACAGAGAAAGAACUCUGGACCGAACUUCUGAGACUAUCUCGGACCAAUUUCUCCGAGUCAUUCCAGAUCCUCGUGCACCUGAAGAUCCUUCGGCUAUUUGUCGAGAGCGUGCUUCGGUACGGUCUACCCGCGAAUUACGUUGGCCUCGCUAUCAGGCCCGAGCCAAAGUACACCAAGAAGACACUUUCCGUACUUACAAGCCACUUCAGCUACCUCGGCCCCCGCUCCUCAGGACGUUCCAAGAAGCAAACCACAACCGAAGAGUUCGCAGGAGAGUACCAGUCGCUGAUGGAACAAGAAUUCUUUGAUUUCGUGUUGUACGAAGUACCAUGGAUCGUGCUCUAA